ACGAUUACCAUCUCUAAUAUAAACAAUCAACAAGAAGAAGAAAAAAUGGAAAAGGCGAAGAAACAUGGAGACACAUUCCCUGGAGGUCGUCAAGUAGAUUUGCUGGAAGCAUUUCGCCGGCGUCGCUGGAAUUCAUGGAAGCGUCGUCAAACAGUUCUUGGAAGUGGCUGGGGCAGCAACGGCGGCGUAGCAGGGAAAAAAUCGGCGGCGACACGGUGGCAGCAGCUUCGUCGAAAAGUGGCGUCGACGUCGGCAACAUCGCAGCACCAGACGGGUGUCAGGACGGCGACUCUCAUAGGGCCGCGCCAUUUCCAUGGAACCUCAAUAUGGAAAGGCGACGGCGGAGGCAUGGCCAGCGACUGGAGGUGCGGGCAGAGGUGUAGAAGAUCCGUGGGCGUGGCAUAGUAGGCGUCAG